AUGGGAUCUAAAACGAACUCUGAGUCUGAUAAUAUUUCUUCAGUAGAAGGAAUGAAAAUUCCUUCGAUUGAAUUACCUGAUGAACUAUUUGAGAAAAGCUUAGAUCCAUGGCGUUUUUCUUUAAUUGGUAGAGGUUUCUUUACCAUGAAAUUGGAUAAUUCUACAGACCGUAACUACAUCAAGUCUCAAGUAUGGGAAGUUACAGAUCAAAUUUUGAAGGUUAGAAAUUGGGUUUAUAAUUUUCGACCUACUAGCCAAAGAACUUCUAAGGAUUUUGUUUGGGUGAGAUUUCCAGGUUUAGGUCUUGAAUUCUGGAGUGAAUCAAUUCUGUCCAAAAUUUGUAAAGAAAUAGGAACUCCAAUUAAAAUUGACGAGGCAACAACUAAAUGUGAUGUUGGAUAUUAUGCAAAUGUCUUGGUUGAGGUAGAUUUUUCUUCUUCAGUUCCAAACAAAGUAUGGAUUGGGACUAAAUAUGGGGUUUUUUUUCAAGAGGUUUCCAUUACAGAUUGUCCAAAAUACUGCAAUAGCUGCAAAAUGGUAGGUCACUUUAUCACAGAAUGUAGAGUAGAAAAAGCAAAAAGGAAUGAAACUAAUUCAGAAAACAUAAUUACUCCACAACAGCCUAAGAAUGACAAUGAAGACUCUGUCAUCCAUACAAUUCAUGUUACUCCAACAGUUCCAGUUCAUCAAAUUAUUCACAAUGCUACUACUGGGAGAUUCAGUCCUCUUGAAUGUGUUCAACAAAAUAUUCUUGAAGAUAUUAUGGUUAAUGAAGAUAAGACAGCUGAUGUUGUAGAAACUCCUCAAAUCAAAUUUGUAGAUGGAAAGACAGGGACAUUCUCUGAUGAAACUGUUAAGGUUACUUCAUGGUAA